AGCUUCGGAGGAGGAGAAAGCGCCACUCUUUUUCCCCCAGAGGAGGGCAUUUCUGGUGCUCCUGCGAUGGCGGAGACGAAGCCUGUUGAAGCAUCCGUUAUAGCAUCAGUUUGAUUCAUUCAUGCACCUUGAGGAUGGACGGCGUCACCACUCGGGUCAGAGAAGAGAGGCUCCCUGGGCCAGUGAUGUGAAUGAAGCAGAAAGCGUCAAGCAAAGCUUAUGAUGUGAUCCAUGGCCGGCAUGUUUGUGUGUGGCUUGGCUUUUGCCGUGCGAAUUCUCCUCUGCAGACGAUAGCGGUGAUGCGGGAGCUGCUGCUGCCCCGGGUAGAAGGCUAUUGGAUGAAGCAGGCUCAGGUAUCAGCCAAACAAUACACCAACCAACUCGUCCAUUCCAUGCAGUGCAUCCAAAGCUCAUCGGCUGCUUGCGUGUGUGUGUGUGUGGUGUGCAGGUCAACAGCUGCAUCGAUCAACUCCUGCAGAUGGACACCGCAGCUUCGAUGGCACCACUGGUGCGGCAGGCUGCCAAACACACCACACACCACAAAGCCCUCUGUGUGUCUGUCGAGUCUACUUUGCUUGGCGUUGCUCUCGUCGUGUUGAUUCAUUCGUCAGAUGGUGGAUAAGGUGAGUCGUCAAUUUGCUGCUGUGUCCGACCUGCUGGCCGAACUGGCAGAGACCAUCAACUCGACCAUCGCACUCACAAGGCAUCGCCGCGCACAGGUGAGUGGGGGAGUGACCACAGGCAGGCACAAACACAAGACCCACACUGAUGUGCUGUGCACCUCUUAUGUGCGUGUUGUGUGUAUGUCCUUCUGUCUGUGUGUCGUCAGGCCACAUCGUUGGACCUGACUGACAUCCCUGCCGCGCCCAUGAGGGUCCUCAUCGCGCAGUCUGACCUCACCACCGUCGCCCACCUCAAGUCGACAGCCCGACCCAUCAGAAAUGCCCUCCGGCCGAUCAUCCGCCGCUAUCGGCUGCGGAAGGCGAUCGAGCGGGCGGGGGUGGGCGGUGUGGUGCAGUUCGACCCUCAGCUGAGCCACGGGGAUGUGAUGAAGGCCAUGUGGGUGGUGGAGGAGGGGGGCGAGGGCGGCUGGGGGGAGGUGGGCGGCACACUCACUCUCGCCGAGCAUUUCGGCUAUUGCCAGCUGCCGGUCACUGUGGGUGCUGUAGAUCUGCAGACACACGCCACCAAGGCGGUAA